AUGUCUUCCGCCUUUCCCUCUCUGAGGACCCGUCCAACGCUACCGGCCGGUGGUGUGUCCAGGGCAACAUCGGUUUACCUCCGCUCCUCCUCCAACGCCCCGGUCCACAGCUCGGUCACAUCCCUCAAUUCGUUGUUCAACCAGGCAAACCUCAACUCCCCUCGGCCACCCGAAGAUGAGGACUGUAAGGGGUUGGUAUGCCGCUCCUUCGUCCCAUGCAUAGCCGUGCAUGUGGCCGAUGACACGAACGAGCUUGCCCGGGAAAAGGGCUUUGCGGACUUUAAGGGCAUGCUGCGCCCCUACGGCGAGAGCAUCCAGGGGAGGAUAACCAUCCGCGAUUCCCAGGGCAUCAGCACGACACAUGAUGACUACGGCGUUCGUUUCGUGUCCCUGGCAGAUGUGGCCGAUUCUGGGGAGAAAUGGGAGUCCGGAACCUCCAGGGCCAUCAAUGGCUCCUCCGAAAAGGCCGCUAGCGAUGGAAGCGGUGUCUUUCAGGGCGGAAGCGUGGAGGAAGUGGAGAAGUUGGUGAAUCUGCACAUGGAGAGGGCGGAGGAGCUUAACGAGACGUCUUUGCCCUCCGACGGCGAUACUCCGGCCUCCAAUCAGUCUUUCUACAUGCUAUAUCUGCGGCGGAUAUUGUCGGCACUUCCCUUAUCGCCUCAUGAGACCUUUUCGCAUCCGGUCGCUUGUGUCAUAGCUAUUUCCUCCAGAAAUGCUAAUCCCAUAGAUAGUUUACGUAAUCUCUACAAUUCGGGAAAUCAUCUUCCACUGCCGGAUUAUCUUAGCACCGAUUAUCUGCGGUACUAUGUAUUGGUUCAUGACGAAGACCGGGAUGACAUCAAAAAGUCAGUAGGCCGCUUUCAUUUCCAAUCGGGAGGCUAUAUUGUCGAAAUGAAGCUUAUGAAGUAGAUAGAUCUACUCAACUAUUCGAUCAGAUGAAGAAACAUUUCGGACUGCACUGCCAUCUGCUAAGGUUAAGGUCCGGCGGUGCUUCGGUUAUAUCCGACGACGAUGCCGUCGUUGUCCCGAAAACUCAAUGGAUAUCUGCUGCUGAGGAGCUUCACGAGAUCCGUUCAAGAGGUAAUUCCUCACAGUUCAGAUAUCAAAUAUCGAAAGGAAACAAAAAGUGGGAAGCACAAUCGCUAACAAACCUAUAUCAGACUACGAUGACGAACAGCCAGCCGCCUGCUUACCAGACUCAGAUGCGGCCGGCAUCCAAACCAUGGUCCGUGAAAUGACCCAGGUGAGCGUAAUACCAUUCAUGGAGCGCUGCAUAGCAACCUGGAACGACCAGGUCGCGUCCCGAAGACGUGGAAUCAGUGGACGCUUCAUCUCCAUGUCGAAGCGAUACUUUAGCACCUCAUCCUCCAGGAACUCCACCUCUUCAUCAUCAAACUACGAUGCUCUUCAUCAAUCAUAUCCCCCCAGCUCCCCCGAAGCCCAAAUGCGAAAAUUGGCAGAUUAUGCCUUUAUGGUACGGGACUGGCGGUUAGCCCACAGCGUCUACGAGCUUCUGAGAACAGACUUUAACAAUGAUAAAGCCUGGAAAUACCAUGCUGGAGCACAGGUAUUCCCCCCCCCCCAAAAAAAAAAAAAAAAAAAAAACCAAAGUAACCCCAACUAACAAUCCCCAUCCACAGGAAAUGGCCGCAAUAAGCCUAAUCCUAACAGGCACAGGCCUAACCUCCAAAGUCCGCGCAGACACCAUCGCCCCGAUGCUAGACCUAAGUUGCUACUCCUACCUCUCCCGCUGCUCGGCAACCUACCACGCGCUGCGCUGCCUCUUGGUCGCCGUAGAGCUCCUGCGCAUCCGCGGCGGCGGUGCCGCCGACGAGGCCGCGACCUGGGCCAUCCGCGCGCGUGAUAUGAAUGCGCAGGGCACCAUCGGUCACGCACUGAUAACCGAGCGCGUCGGCGCAUGUUACACCAUCCGUGAAGGGAUCGGCAGUGGCGCCUGGGGCGCCAGGAAGCGCAAGGCCGCUAUGUGGAAGAUGCUCGCGGCCGGAGAGUGGCUAGAGGUUUCAAAACUGGCGCAGUCCAGGAGGUGUCUGGAUGCUGCGCUACCUGUGUACGAAGGCAGUCGCUUUAUGCAUGUCCACGGCUUCAUGCAGCACUUGAAGCAGCAGGCUGGAUACACCCCACUGCUGGCGGACCUGCAAGAUGGCAGAAGGAGAAGGGGCGGGGAGGAUAGCGAUGAGGAAGGAGUCGAAAUCCAGAGCGAGACGCUGCACGCUGGGCUUAAGCGCAAGAGUUUGAUCGUUGGUAGGGAGGUGGAGAGGGAGGUGGAGAAUGAGGCAGAGAGUGGGUUAGAUAGGUUUGUAGAUAGUUAG